UACUCCUUAUUAUUGGGAUUUUUUUAUUUUUUGAUAAUUCUAUGUUAUUCUAGUGUUUUUGAUUAAUUGAAUAUUUGUACUUGAUAAGGCAGGAGGAGCAUCUCUAGUAGAAAUCCAAGUUUGGAAAAAUAUGUGGCUUGUUUUUCUCUGUUAUUAUGUUGAUCACGUCUCUUUAUCAUUGAUUUAACCCUAGUAAAUUGUGGAGCAUCUGCACAGGAAUAUUUGUCUAUGUGGUUGCAUAGUUUAAUAGAACCGCUCACUGAAGAAAGCAGCUUGCUCCACAGCGGGUUCCUACUACUCUUGGGUUACGGCUUCUGCUUGGUUGAAUGACCUGAGGAAUCAGAUUGAACGCACCAGGGUUCUGAGCACAGUUUAUCGCUCUGCUUCAGCUUUGGGUUCUCGACUUCCAUCCAUGGCCAGUGCUAAAGCCAAAGUUGCUGGUGCUGGUGCAAUAUUACGUCCAGUUUCCAGCGGUACUCAGGUUGUUAUGAAGAGAGCACAAAGCAUGGCUCAGGCAGCUUGGUCACGCCCUUACCUACGCUCAUGGUCAUGCAUAGGUCCACGUCUUCGAUCCUCAAUUGCUCAGAUAAAUUAUAAUGAAGGAGAAGACUCAUCAGGAUCUUCUUCAACUCAAAGAGAAACUUCGGAGCCUUUUCUCACGACCACUGAAGAGACAAGAACGGCUAUUGAAAAUAUGGAACUUCCUGUAUCUUCUUCUGAUGGAAUCGUUGAGAGUUCAGACAACUUUAUAGAUGAGGUUGGUGUCUCAGAUAGUAUGGCUACUAAGGAUGAUGACGACGAGGUUGCGUAUGAUGUAAGGCAUGAAGAUCACACAAUGGAAAUAGAGUUGUGGGAACAACUCAAGCUCAAGCUUAAUGAGCAAGCUGAUAGUGGUGAAGCCGAUGUGGCCAAGGAAAUUAGGGAAGAAGAAGAAGCAGCCAUUGCAGAAGUAAGUGACAGCCAGACCCAAAGCUCAAUCCCAGAUGCGAAGGAGGUGCAUAGAUUUUUCCCUCCGGGAAAGAUAAUGCAUAUUGUGACACUAACAUCCGACGAAGUGGGCCGUGAGAGUGAUAGCAGUAUUUCCAAUGACGGGGACCAAAGCCAGCCGGAGGAAGAGGCGAAGGUUGGAAUUUUUCUCACUCCCAGGUCAUUGUAUAGUAAAUUAAGGCUAUCGCAUACCAUGAUAAACGACCAUUUUAUGCCGGCUUAUAGAAGACGAAUUGAAAAGCUGAUUAAAGAACUUGAGAAUGAAGUGACUUCUGAUACACACAAUUGUAGCUGAGAAAUUGAACAGGAAGUGCUGUAAACUGUUGGUAGUGAAUUUUGGUCGCAUCUUAGUGUUAGCAUCAAGAGGACUACACAUACCUUAAAGGUGACGUCUUUAACAACAAUUCUUUGUUCUGAAAAUGAUUUUGACAUGUGCAUAGGCUUAAAGAGUUUUCAUUUCCAUUGAUAGUGAGAGUCCCUUUCGCAAUCAUGAAUUCUAUAUUACAUCAUUAAAAGCAUUAUUUUCUUUGGUCCA